ACGCACGGGCAACGCACACAGUUGCUGUUAACAUGAUUUUAAUUAGGUUUCUCAUCUCCUUGAAAGUAUCUCUGGUUUUAGGAGCUGAUUGGUUUGGCACCUAGCCAGUGCCAAGCCGGUUCAUCGGAAGUUAGCGAGAAGGUUAAUUUCGAAGCUAGGUCUCAAACUCCUUCCUGCUAACUACAUAAAAACAUAACGUGGAAUGUGUACUUUACAAUUUUAGAAAAUAUACUUUUGAAACGUUGAAGGGUGUUGGUGAUGUCAGUGGACAGUAAGAUCACUUGAGGAUAAAGUUAGCGUUUCCCUUUUCUCCUCCUGUCCUGGCGUCCACGGUUGCUCAGGCCUUGGCAGCCAUGGCCGACUCUACAGUGGUCAGCGACCAGCAGCCGCCCGGGUCCGGUCAGACUACUCCUUCCAGAGGACCGUACAUCGCGGUGAUCACAAACAGAAACACCAAUCUGGGGAUCCGCGGGUUCAUGCUGUUCUCUAUAGGAGUGUUCUUGGCUUUGGUGCUCAAUCUGCUGCAGGUACAGAGGAACGUCACUCUGUUCCCCCCUGAUGUCAUCAGUAGCAUCUUCUCAUCAGCCUGGUGGGUGCCGCCCUGCUGUGGAACCGCCUCGGCAAUGAUCGGUCUGUUGUAUCCAUGCAUUGACAGUAGGCUCGGCGAGCCCCACAAGUUCAAGCGGGAGUGGUCCAGUGUGAUGCGCUGUGUGGCCGUGUUCGUUGGCAUCAACCAUGCCAGCGCUAAAGUGGACUUUGCGAACAACGUGCAGCUGUCCCUGACGCUGGCUGCCCUGUCCAUCGGCCUGUGGUGGACAUUUGACCGGUCUCGCUCUGGCUUUGGCCUGGGGGUGGUCAUCGCCCUGCUGGCCACUCUGUCCACUCAGCUCCUGGUCUACAACGGAGUCUUUCAGUAUACCUCUCCAGAUUUCCUGUACAUUCGCUCCUGGUUGCCUUGCAUCUUCUUCGCUGGUGUGAUAACCAUGGGGAACAUAGGACGGCAGCUAGCCCUGUAUGAAUGCAAACGUAUGUCAGGAAAGACUCAUCAAGACUAAAAGAACUUCUGGCUAUAUCAAACUGUUGCACAGAAUAUUUUAAAAGAUUGCAACAAAAAGCCAAAAAGAGGAUGUAAAAGGACAUCUGUAUGCAGCGUUGAUGGGGAUUGGUCAAUCAUGGCGGAGGCGAAGCAGUCAUGCACAAUUAUGUGCUUCUGUUUUGCUGACUGCUGUAGGACAAGACUGUUUCGAUUGGUUGAUUCCUUUAUGCCUCUUUAGGGCCGAGGUGGACGGACAACAGAUAGCUUUAUUAUAAGCAUUCAAUGGCUGGCCUAAUGAGAGGAAUAACAAGAAUUGCCGAUGUCGUGUGUGUGUGGUAGGUAGGCUCAAUCUACAACGCAAUCUGUGAUUGCAACUCAACAGGCACCAAUAUUAGUGUCACUCUACUGCUGUUCAGGGCACCUCAGCACCAGUGGUGUGAAACCUUUGGCUCCAUCGUGCCAAACAGACUUACACACAGGAUUAUCUGAAUUAUUUUCUUUAUUCAUCCAUUCCUUAUAUCCUUGAUACAUUAGUAGAAUCUAUAUACAUUUAUUUCAUGCUUUUAAAAUGUACAAUUAUUUACAUACAUAUAGUGGUUUUUAAAAUUUGUUACAUGUGGAUAAUGUCUUUGCUGGCAGUCAAGAGAAGGGGUGAAGUGUUUAUUGCUGCACUUAUUUGUGACAUCCUAGCGGGAUAUCAAGGCAACUGGCAUACAGGGUCCAGUUGGUAUUUCAAACAACCUUACCUACACCUGCUUUUUUACACCCGCCCAUUUUGGCUCCAUUCAAUGUUCAUUUGAAAUUAAAAUGACUGUUUUGUAAAAAAAAUAAUAAUAAUAAUAAAAUGCUCAUAGAAGUUUAUGGGCAAAUUUCACUUCCUGAAUUGAAAACCGAAUUGACCUAAACCCCGGUCAGUUCAAGUCAGAGACCAGGCUAACUAUUUCAUUGUCCAUCCAGCAGGUGCACACAAGAAUCCACAUCAGCAGUGGUUCUUGGGUCAGAGGUACUGCUGAUAAGCUAUUAGUGCUUAUUGAGUUCGGUUUGAUUAUGAAAAUAUAAACCAUCCAAGUUUUCGGUUUUGAUUAUUUUUCAGCGUUAAAUGCGUUGUGGGCUGAAUGGUGUAAAACAGAAUAAAAUAGUAAAUGUCCCUUGAUGGCUGUCCGUUACUGCAUAUCACCUAUUAAAAAAUGUUCACGUUACUUUACAAAAAUA